AUGGCCAGCCAGUCGUCGGCCCCUACCGGCGCCACUGAUGCAGUCCUGAAGCCUUCCGAGCCCGUGCCUGAGGGUGCGCGCGAGGUGCAGGGCAUCGAAUUCAACCAAUAUGCAUCGCGCAGCAUCACGGUAGAGGAGCUGGUGGCCGGUUAUGCCGGCAUGGGCUUCCAGGCGACGUCGGUAGGAGAGGCUGUGCGAAUCAUCAAUGACAUGCGCGCCUGGAGAGACGCUGAAACGGGAGACCAAACCACCAUCUUCCUGGGCUACACGUCGAAUCUCAUCUCGUCAGGUCUGCGCGAGACGCUGCGGUACCUGGUCGAGCACAAGCACGUGUCAGCCAUUGUCACCACAGCCGGUGGCGUCGAGGAAGACUUUAUCAAGUGUCUGGCGCCCACAUAUCUAGGUGCCUUCUCGACGCCUGGGGCCGGACUUCGGGCAAAGGGCAUGAACCGCAUCGGCAACCUGGUGGUGCCGAACAGCAACUACUGCGCCUUCGAGGACUGGGUUGUGCCCAUUUUGGACAAGAUGCUGGAAGAACAGGAGGCGAGCAAGAAGACGGCCGAGCCAUUGCACUGGACGCCGAGUAAGAUGAUCCACCGUCUAGGCAAGGAAAUCAACGAUGAGCGGUCCGUCUACUACUGGGCGUGGAAGAACGAUAUCCCUGUCUUCUGCCCGGCUCUGACAGACGGUAGUCUCGGCGACAUGCUGUACUUCCACACGUUCAAGUCAUCUCCAGAGCAGCUGCGCGUCGACAUUGUCGAGGACAUUAGGAACAUCAACACCAUUGCGGUCCGCGCCAAGCGGACGGGUAUGAUCGUCCUGGGCGGAGGGAUAGUCAAACACCACAUCGCCAAUGCGAACCUCAUGCGCAACGGCGCAGAGAGCGCCGUGUACAUCAACACGGCACAGGAGUUUGACGGCAGCGAUGCGGGCGCGCGGCCGGACGAGGCCGUCAGCUGGGGGAAGAUCAAGUUGGACGGCGACAGCGUCAAGGUGUACGCCGAGGCGACAGUCGUGUUUCCUCUCAUCGUCGCGGCGACGUUUGCGCGGCUGCAAAAGACCCAAGACCAAUAA